CCGGGGGCGGCGGCGGCGGCGGCGGCUUCCCUCUCGCUUCCGGGCUGCGGCUGCGUUCUCCAGCCGCCGAUGGGAGCCCCGCGCGCUGGAGAUGCGGGCGGGCCGCGGUGAGGCGUCGGCGCGGGGCCUCUUCCGGGACUCCGCCUUCCCGGCCUCGGAGGCCUCUCUGUUUUCCAGCUUGUCCACGCCGCUGGCCCAGUUUCGGGAGGACAUCACGUGGAGGCGGCCGCAGGAAAUCUGUGCAACACCCCGACUGUUUCCAGAUAACCCAGGGGAAGGACAGGUGAAGCAAGGGCUGCUGGGGGAUUGCUGGUUCCUGUGUGCCUGUGCGGCCUUACAGAAGAGUCAGCACCUCCUGGACCAGGUCUUCCCUCCGGGACAGCCGAGCUGGUCCGACCAGACGUACCGUGGCCUCUUCGCCUGUCGAAUCUGGCGGUUUGGAUGCUGGCAGGAGGUGACGGUAGAUGACCGUCUGCCUUGUCUUGCAGGGAGACUCUGCUUCUCCCGGUGCCAGAGAGAGGAUGUCUUCUGGCUUCCCUUACUGGAAAAGGCCUAUGCCAAGGUCCAUGGCUCCUAUGAGCGCCUGUGGGCAGGGCAGGUAGCAGACGCCCUUGUGGACCUCACCGGGGGCCUGGCCGAACGGUGGAGCCUGAAGGACGUGGCAGGCAGCUGCGGUCAGCAGGAUGCAACCCAGGCCGGGAGCCCCAGGACUUGUCGGCAGCUCCUGCGCCUGAAGGACCAGUGUCUGAUCAGCUGCUCGGUGCUUAACCCCAGAGCAGGUGCCAGGGAGCUGGGGGAGUUCCACGCCUUCAUCAUCUCAGAUCUGCGAGAGCUCCGGAGCCGGGCCAGCCAGGGCACCCUGCUGCUGAGGAUCCAGAACCCCUGGGGCCGCAGCUGCUGGCAGGGGCUGUGGAGAGAGGGGGGCGAAGGAUGGAAGCAGGUGGAGCCGGGGGAGCAGGCGCAGCUCCUGGCGCAGCUCCAGGAAGGGGAGUUCUGGGUGGAGGAGGAGGAGUUCCUCAGGGAGUUUGACGAGGUCACCAUCAGCUACCCAGUCACAGAGGCUGGCCACCUGCAGAGUCUCUACACAGAGAAGGUGCUUUGCCAUGCACGGGCCCUGCCUGGGGCCUGGGUCGCAGGGCGGUCGGCCGGAGGCUGCCGGAACAACAGUUGCUUCCCCUGCAACCCCAAGUUCUGGCUGCGGCUGGCCGAGCCCAGCGAGGUGUGCGUGGCCGUCCUGCAGAGACCCCGCGAGGCGAGCCUGGCCGUCCCGCAGAGGCCCCGCGAGCCUGGGACCGGCCCAACCCGGGCCAGCCAUGGCCAGGUCUACCAGGCUGUGGGCCUGCACCUGUGGAAGGUGGAGCAGCGGCGGGUGAGUCUGCCCCGCGUCCUGUCUGCGCCCCCGGUGGCCGGAACGGCGUGUCACACCUAUGACCGCGAGGUCCACCUGCGCUGCCAGCUGUCCCCAGGCUUCUACCUGGCAGUGCCCAGCACUUUCCUGAAGGACGUGCCAGGGCAGUUCCUGCUCCGGGUCUUCUCCACUGGGAAGGUUUCCCUCAGUGCUGUCAGGCCCGUGGCCAAGGGGGCCUCCCCCAGAACAGCGCAGCCUGCUGGCGAGUGGGAGACGGUGCAGCUGCGGGGGCUCUGGAGAGCCGGACAGACGGCCGGGGGCAGCAGGAACUUUGCCUCCUACCCCUGCAACCCUUGCCUCCCGUUCUCCGUCCCCGAGGGUGCCGGUCCCCGCUGUGUCCGCAUCACCCUGUGCCAGCACUGCCAGCUUGGUGACAGCCAGCUCUACCCCAUUGGCUUCCACGUCUUCCAGGUCCCCUCAGGUGGUGUGAGCCAGGACACGCGCGCGCUGCUGCUCCAGGAGCCUUUGCUGAGCUGUGUGCCACACCGCUAUGCGCAAGAAGUCGGCCGGCUCUGUCUCCUGUCUGCGGGCGCCUACAGAGUGGUGCCCUCCACCUAUCUGCCAGACGCCGAGGGGGCCUUCACCGUCACCAUAGCCAUCCGGAUAGACAGGCGGUCCAUUCACAGCCAGGAGAUGCUGGGCCAGGCCCUCCAGGAGGUCUCCGUCGUGGCGGUGAUGAAAACCUGACUGGCGUCCCUGUGUGCCGGCCGGCGGCACAGAGCCACGUUGGUGCCUGCAGCCUCUGCCCUAGAGCCCCAGCCCUGGCGUCCUGCCAGGAGAGGGGCCGGCCGAGCCCAGCAGCGGCUGCAGGAAGGGCAAGGCCUCAGGUGGCAUCUUUGUUCCAACCAGAGACUGCAAGACUCCCAGACCCCAGAGAUGAGGCUGGAGAGUUCCCAGGACCCUCCCAGCUCUCUCUCCUUCCCCGCGGGAGCAGGCGUGGCAGGCGCCACUGGAAACUGUGUCCACUGAAACAUUUUUAGGGUGUGGUUUUAUAAUAAAGGAGUGACUGAGAUGGUC